AUGGGUUGUGUGACUUCGAAGCAGCACAAGCAGCGAUGCAAGCACUGCCAAGCUCCGUAUUCCCCAGUGCCCAGAAGCUACUCGAUGCACGUAAUCCACCCGCCGCAGUACAAAUCCGACAGCUACCAUCUGGUAGCCCUAACUUCCUCAACCCUCGGCUCUCUCAAGCUCGACAAUGAAGAUUGGUUGCCACCGGAGACGAUUAAGAGCCAAGAAGAGUUCGCAAUGGGGCUAAUCGAAGCCAAGACCUGGUCCAAAAUGAUCGAGGAGAAGAUCCCACGAGUACCCAAUCAUCAUCCCAAAACCCCAAUCAUGACUCCACCGGGAGAGCCAGAGACGAUCAACACCUGGGAAUUAAUGGAAGGCCUGGAAGAAGAUCGUUUCACCAGCCCUUGCAGAUUACCCAACCACAUUCGAAGCUUCUCAGUCGGAUCAAUCGAUGAAACAGAAGCAGAAGCAGAAGAGGAAGAAGCAAUUGAUAAGAAGCCGCAUUUGGGAAAAGGUGGGAAGGACUACUUCGAUUCGAACAUCAUCUCGAUGUUCAGGAAGAAAGACAGAGUGAUUGUCUACUUCACGAGCCUACGUGGUGUGAGGAAGACGUACGAGGACAGUUGCUACGUGAGGGUGAUCCUGAAGGGAGCAGGCGUUAGAGUGGACGAACGAGAUGUAUCGAUGCAUUCGGGGUUCAAGGAAGAGCUGAAGCAGCUGUUGGGAGGCUGUGGUGGAGGGUUUAGUUUGCCAAGGGUGUUCAUAGGGAAGAAGUACAUUGGUGGGGCAGAGGAAGUACGGCGCUUGCACGAGGAAGGGCAGCUUGAGAAGGCGGUGGAAGGGUGCGAGCAGGCUGAGGCAGAGGACGGUGGUGGGAGUUGUGAGGCUUGUGGUGAUAUAAGGUUUGUGCCUUGUGAAACUUGUAAUGGGAGUUGUAAGAUAUACUAUGAAGAGGAGGAAGAAGAAGAUGAAGAACUAGAUUAUGGGUUUCAGAGGUGUCCUGAUUGCAAUGAGAAUGGACUAAUUCGAUGCCCAAUCUGCUGCUAUUGA